UCCGCUCCGCUCUCCUCCGCCCCCCUCCGCCGCAUGCCGCCGGCAGCCGCGGCGCGCUGAUGCCCCGGGGCCGCGGCGGCGCUGCGGACGGCCCCUAGGAUGAGCGAGGGGGCUGCCGGCGCCGCGGCGCCCGGGGCGGCGGAGGCGGCGGCGGCGGCGGCGGGGGGCCCGGGCGGGGAUGGGGCCGGGGGGCCGCCGCGGGAGCUGCGCUGCAGCGACUGCAUCGUCUGGAACCGGCAGCAGACGUGGCUGUGCGUGGUGCCCCUCUUCAUCGGCUUCAUCGGCCUGGGGCUCAGCCUCAUGCUGCUCAAGUGGAUCGUGGUGGGCUCCGUCAAGGAGUACGUCCCCACCGAGCUGAUGGACGCCAAGGGCGUGGGGCAGGACCCUUUCUUCCUCUCCAAGCCCACCGCCCCCCCCCCGCGCGCGGAGACCACCGCCGCCGCCACGCCGCGGCCGCCCAGCCGCGUCAGCCCCCGCCUCACCACGAUGAGCCGGGCCCCCCCGCGGCCCCCCGGCACCCGCGGACCGGCGCGGGGCGGCCCGCGGCCCACCGCGGCGCGGCACCCCGCCGCGCCCCACACGGCGCCGCCCGCCAGCGGCCCCCCCGGCACCGCCGGCCGCGGCGCCCGGCCGCCGCCCGCCGCCCCCAGCACCCCGCCGCUGCCCGCCUGGCCCACUGCGGCACACGCUACCUCCUCCUACAAGAUCUACGUCCACGACUCGGCGCCGUCCUGGACCUUGUCUCCCUUCCAGGAGUCAACCACCACCACGCCGGAGGCCAGCACGACCCCCAAAAUCCAUACUACAACGUAUUCCACUGAGCGAUCUGAGCACUUUAAGCCAUGCAAAGACAAGGAUCUUGCAUAUUGUCUCAAUGAAGGGGAAUGCUUUGUGAUUGAAACCUUAACAGGAUCACAUAAACACUGCCGGUGCAAAGAGGGCUACCAAGGAGUCCGCUGUGACCAAUUUUUGCCGAAAACCGACUCAAUCUUGUCAGAUCCAACAGACCAUUUGGGAAUUGAAUUCAUGGAGAGCGAAGAAGUGUACCAGCGCCAGGUGCUGUCUAUUUCCUGUAUCGUCUUUGGCAUAGUCGUAGUGGGCAUGCUUUGUGCAGCGUUCUACUUCAAAACAAAGAAACAAACAAAGCAAAUUCAUGAACAGCUGAAAGAAACACAGAAUAGGAAAACCUACAGCCUAAAUGCUUCCAGCAUGAUGGCAAAGUCAGAGUGUAUGGCACAAAGCCGAGUCCAGCUGCAAAAUUAUUCAAAAACAGAUAGGCAUCCUGGGCCUAUUCUGGACAAAGUUAUGGAGUCUAGUUUUUCAGGCCCUCAGUCUUUCCCAGAGGCCUUGUCUCCCGACAGAGGAACCCAGCCCAUCAAGCAACAUAGAAGUCUCUCUUCAUGCUGCAGCCCAGGACAAAAAAAUGGAAUGCUACAUAGAAAUGCCUUUCGGAGGACUCCUCCCUUACCUCGGGGUAGGUUCAAUGGAAUUACAGGACCAGCAUAUCAACAGCUAGAAGAGUCAAGGAUCACAGACCAGGACACAAUACCUUGUCACGGGUAUUCAUCCAGUGGUUUAAAAACUCCUCAGAAUACUUCAAUAAAUAUGCAACUGCCUUCAAGAGAGACGACCCCUUAUUUUAAUAAUGUGGAUCAGAAGGACUUGGUCGGCUAUUCAUCUUCAAGGGCCAACUCCGUUCCCAUCAUCCCGUCUGUGGGCUUGGACGAAGCCUGCAUGCAAAUGCAAAAUGUUUCUGAAGUAACAGGCAUCAAAUGGUGCAAAAACUCCUAUUCAGCUGAACUUGUCAAUGUGAGUUCCCCAGUCAGUAAUUGUCUUAUAGCAGAACAACAUGAAGUGAAAAUAUUGCUAGAAACUGUGCAGGAGCAGAUUCGGAUUCUGACGGACGCGAGGCGGUCGGAGGACUAUGAACUGGCGAGCGUAGAAGCAGAGAGCGGUGCGAGCGAAAACACGGCCUUUCUGCCCAUGAGCCCCAUGGCCAAGUCAGAGCGAGAGGCACAAUUUGUCUUAAAAAGCGAAACGCAAAGAGACUCGGUAUUGACCAAGUGACUUUGUGUGGGGGUUGUGGGAGGGGAAACCAGAGAUCUGUGCAUUCGAUGCUUUGCUAAACAGGAAGGGAGGAAAUUAAAUACAAAUUAUUUAUAUGCAUUAAUUUAAGAGCAUCUACUUAGAAGAAACCAAAUAGUCAAUCGCCCUCAUAUCAUAGUGUUUUUUAACAAAAUAUUUUUUUAAGGGAAAAGUUCCAGGAGGGAUGAAGCGUACAUCAGGUGCUUUCUAGGCAGGAUUAGACAUACAGUUUCAGUUACAGAGCAUUUUACCACAGUCCCGUUCGGCUGUCCGAAGGCUUAGGCUAUGCAUCUUUUUUUCAGUGGAGGCCAAGACCAUUCUUAGAUUCAUUUCUGGUUUCAUGGCAGCGCUGCACUGAGCUGCUGGCUGGGGAUUCAGACCCUGGUGAGCAAGUCCCGUGACCCUGGCACAGACCCGAUCCCCUCUUCCCCUCUCCUCUUGGUUCCAGGUUCAUACCAUGGAAACAGGCACGCAGACAUCUACUUCUGAGGUAGCAGCACAGGUACCUACUGUGGAAUGACAAUAAAUCCCUAAAUUGAGCCAGAUGCUUAACUCUCAACCUUACUAAAGUAAGAAAGGCCAAGAAAGUCAAUGGAAACAUAGAGGAGCUCUGGGUUUGGCCAAGCAUGGAGUGGGAUUGGGGUCUGUAAAGAUACAGUGGUCAGGAGCCCGCAGCUGCUCCAUCUUCUGAGCUUUGCCUAUAUCGGAGCUGCCUUUGUGGAGAGUGAGAACAAGAACAAGAGAAAGUGCAAAAGUGUGUAUUACAACAGGUUUCGGUUUGGGUUUUGGUUUGGAUUUUUUUGAGUGGGAACAUAAACUCCAUUGUUUGUUACUGACCCCUCAACAUUUCUAAACUGUUAUACUUGGAAGGCAUUUGUAAGCUCUCAAGGAGUGCUUCUGAGUGCGUGUGUAUUUUUUUUAACUUAUUUUUUAUUAUGGUUUGUUCAGAGAAGAGUCAGCGAGAUCCGAUAUGAUCAAAAUCCAGCCGAUAAAUGUCCACGCUGCCCUAAUUUGUUCCCGCUUUCAGUUCUCCAGUCACUUUAAUUAAUCAUGGCUUAGGCUUUUGAACUUUAAAGCUUCAACCCUGCAGAUGGUUCAGUAUGGGCAGACCCACAAGCAUGCACAGAUCUGAUUCUAAUGGGGCUAUGUAAGAGCAGAUGGUUUCCACCAAAACACUCCCUGCAGGGGAUCAAGGCCUUAGAGAAGAAAUGUCAUUUCCUGUUUGCCGUAUCCCAAUCACUUUAUAAGGAUUUUUUUCAUUUGCUUUCUUUUGAGUCCCUCUUCCCCCCCGUAAAUUGUAACACAAUAUGCCAAUAAUGCAGUGAAUUGGGUUCAGUGACACACACAUUACUGGUUUUAUUAGUAUUAAAAUAUCUGCUUAUUCAUGGGGAAAAAGAAAAUCAGCUAUAAUAAAUAAUUGCUAAAUAGCCUUCCCUGGUUAAUGUCUGAAGAUUGAUUGAAAAAAAAAAAUUACAGCAUAUACAGAAUCUUCUAAAACAUUCCUUUGCAGCAAAUUAAUUGUUAAAUUUAUUAAUGUGCCCCAGACUUCCCAGUUCACAAGUCUCAGGACUUCCCAAAAUAGCACAAGCGAUCACACAGUGCUGUUGUAUGUUGAGUCAGAAUAAAGCAAUAUUUUAACCUCUGUCAAGUAAAUUUGGAGAAGAAAUGCUGAAGGUGUAUGUCAUUUUUUUUGUUAAGGCAGUAAAAAAAAUUAGCAUUCACAGUAUUCAUUCAGCAAGUCUUAUUUUGCGUUUCUUUUGCUGUUUUGGUUUGGGUUUUUUUUUAAGAUAAAGUUGAUGAAAUUGUCUUGUUUACAGAACUUUCUAUGGCUGUAAUCUUUGCUGUGUGUUUUCAAUAAAAAUAUAUUUAAGGGCAAAUUAUGCUUUAUGCCCCAGGACGGAGCAUGCCUCGUUCGGACUCCCUUCUUCAAUGACACAGAGCUUUUGUUGUAGCAGUAAGGUGGGAUCACCGUGAGGAGCGGUCUUACCCUGACAUGUUUCUGCAAUAUGUUGUGGCUGGGCACAAUCUCACUGUGCAUGAGCUGAGCUGACUGCGGUGGGUAUGGCCCCAAGCCCGCACCAAAUAAACCCUCUGAAAGACGAGGUGCAUUAGGUGGGGCUCAGCUUCGCAUCCCUACAGUCGUGUGACUUGUCUGUCAACACCGUUUACAUCCCGCCAGCUCAGGACAUGACUAAAGUGAGCUUGCCUCUGCCCAUAAGCCCUGUGAACAUACCUGUAAUAUAAAAACUGGCUACCAUAUAAAGCUCUGAUUCAAUAAUUUGUGAAGUAAGAUCACAAUUAAUUACUUGUUCACCAUUAAUUUCAUCAAGAGAUGGUCUCUCUGCAAUAAAGUGCAGAAUCCUGCUCAAACAGGUGUUUCAAAAUUAAAUCUUUUCGAUCCAGAUGUAAGGCCUUCUCGCCCCCAAAUCCUACCAAACUCUGCAAAUUCACCUUUGGCAACAUAUUGGAAACACACGGCAAGAUUUCUGUUGAAGAAAGAACCAUAUCAUAAGCAAUGCCUUUAUGGAGAGAAUGUGUUCACUCAGCACCCCAGAAAGACCCAGAAAGAGGGGAAGAGCGAUGUAUUUAAGAGAAUGAAAUGUUUGACUGAAUGACAGAUGAAGAUCUGAAAUGGUGAGGAUAUCUUCAGUUCAUGUUAGAGAUGCGAUCUUGUACUCAGCAAAGGAUGUGUGACUGUUAUAUGUUAACUGUUCUAUUCAGUUUUCAGCAUGUUUGAAUAGAGAGACGUUAAUAUUAACCAUAUGACAGACUAGUGUAUUAUUUGUUAAGAGUAUCGCUUCAGAUCCUAUUGAAACUGUCAUUGUUUGCAGAGGAAAAGAAAAAGGUUUGAAAACAUCAAACUAGGUAGCCUUAAUGUCGUUUGUAUGUUUCUCUAAUGCAACUAUUUUCCUCCGUGGACCCUCCUAUUUUACAGUGAAUGGAACAACAUUUUCUCUGAGGUCUGGCAAUUAAUUUUGUAGAGGACAAAAAAGUUGUACUGAAACAGUCAAAAUGAUAGGCCAAAUUUUGCUUUACUUCUGACCCCUGUGGUCCCAUUGAACUCAGUGGAUCGGAAGGGAUGCAAGUCAGUGCAAAAUGCAGUUCAUUCCUAAAAUUACAUCUGUUCCCAGCCUUGGUAACAGACUGUAAUCCCCCUAAAAGAGGCUUUGAACUCAUUCGGUUACCUGUAACAUAAUUAAAAAUUUUAUCUGACCUAUGAAGUUCCAAGUGUAGUCUGGUGUGAAAAUUCACACAUGCAGCAUUACACUUGAGUAAACUGGGAGAACAGCUAGCUAAAUAAAUUGAACUUUCUCUGAGCUGAACAGAGAAAGCCUAUGUCUCUUCAGCAUAAUACUGUGGAGCAGAAUUAUGAGAGGUGUAUAUUCUGACCUUUUUUUUACUUCCAUAUAGAAUUUCUUGAAAACAAUCCAAAAUAACCCUAAAAAAAAAAAAAACAAAAAACCAAGUAGGAUGAUCCCAGCAUGUGAAGUAGGAAAUGUAGGUGAAUAUGGGCACAUUUCGUAGCAUUAAACACUGAAAAACUCUUCAGUACACCCAUGACCCAAAGCUGAAACUUUCUAAUUCUUGCAGGAUCACGUUUAGCUCAAUAAACACAUCCAUGGAAAAAGAGCUCUUCAGAAUGUUUUUGGUAUCUAGCCACCUAGCCACACUCUCAGCUGAUGUAGUCAAUUCAGUAAUGACAGUUUACAUUAAUAGAGGAUCAUGCCCCAAAUCUCUUCUACUCAAUGUCCAGUGUAGUGUCAUAAAGCUUAGUAGUCUACCACAUGAGGUAAGGACUUCUACACUGAUUUAUGGAGCUACUUUCAUUUUGCUUAUGAAAACCAUACUCAUAUCAGUGUGUGAACACCCUCACUGGAAUACGGUGCAGGGUUCGUUGGCCGAGUGAUUGGUUUGUCAGGUCUGUCUUUUACAAGGGCUGAGUAUCACUGACCAGGCUCUAACAGCAAUGAACUUACCACCAUGUGGCUAAUUCCAAUGUUAUUCAUCAAAAUCCUACAGCUUCAGGUUUAAAUUUUGCAAAAACAAUGAGACAAUGGCAUAUGCUUAUGACCAGGCAUGUGCUAGAUAUGCUCCUGUAUUAAAAGCCUCUUCCCAAUUCAUCCCCAGCUUCCUUUAGUCUAAUUUUGGACAUUACUCGAACGUUUCUUACUCUUAUAAGAAAUUAUGAAAAUGAAUACCAAAGAAGAACUCUUUCAGAGUCCUAGCUGCAGUAAAUAAAAUUAAAGCUUGAAGGAGCAGACCUGGAAUAAAAACUGGUUUUGAAAAUGGCAUUAAUAUCAAUUGACUUUCAAUAAAUGGAAUUUCCCUGUAAAGUGUUUUUCACUUGCGAAAACAAUAAGCUUAUAAAGUGAUUUUUUUAUCUUGGCAUGAAUUUAAAAUGCUCAUCUUCAAGCAGAUUGGGAAAAAGCAAAUAUUUAGUAUAGAUUUUUCAGCUUUUGUGAUUUAUUUUUUUUAAUUUUAUUUCAGUAGCCCAACAGGUCAAUGAUCCCAUUAUCUGUAUUGUCUGACACAUAGUAUUAAAGGCCAUCUCUGUCCCUUUUUGUCGUCUAGAUGCUGGACUGUUAGAUUUCCUCAAAGAGAACAAGAUUUUAUCUAAAUUAUAUUAAAAAAUGAUUCAUAGAACAAUAUAGUUCUUUAUCUUGCUGAAAAUACAAGGUAAUGCAAACUUUUUUCUUUUUGUACUGCAUUAUUACUGUAAGUUCAUAGCGAGAUUAUGCUCCCUUUGUUUUGAUGUCUACUCACAUGAAAAGAACUGCGACACCCAGUUUUCAGGCUUUAGACUUGGCACUUCCAAAUCAUCAUAUCAAAGAGGAUUUUUGUAUUUUAAAUAGCGAAGUUCAAACAUGACAUAUAAAUGAAAUAGCUGCAACAGCAGUAAACUUACUAAUAAAGUGGAGUAGUUUUUUUUUCAUUUUUAUUAGAUAGCAAUUAGAGGAUUGGACCAUAGGAAUCGGUAGUCUCUUGCAAGAAAUACAGUCACAGAGUAUAUUCAUGGCAGUGGAAAGCCAUUGCUGUAGCCCAGAACUGGGGAAAGCCGCAGCAGAGGAGGAGACAGUCAUCCACAGUGUAUGCUGCAGGGAGUAAAAGUGCUUUCAUCUUAAUAGUAAAAACCAAUAUAGUUGUUUAUCUGUUGAAACGGCCAAAAAGUUAAACUACCUGAAUUUAUUAAUGACCAUGUUGGUAGCAUUUGAGAAAAGGGAAAGGGGCAGAAAUUCCCAAAUUCGUAAUGCUUGUACUGUCCCUUGGAACAAAGGUAAUUAUGUUUUGAUUAUUAUUACAGCACGGUUUUUAAUGUCUGCUGCAGAGACAGAGCGAUCACAUGACACUAACAGCCUGCACUGACCCUUACUUUCUUGAAAAGAUUGAGCAGUCUCCUCUUUCGUCAACAGUCCUGUAAGCAAGGAGUGAUCUCCUAGUACCCCACAAGGCUGCUAUUGUGAAAAUUUUGCCAGAUAAAUCAGAAAGUAAAAAUACAGCAAAACAACCUUUUUUUUUUUUUUUUUUUUUUUCUGUGAGGAACUAUAAUAUUCUAUAGCUAUAAUGGAGAGGGGUUUGUUGAUGACUAAAGAAUGUAAAGUAUAGGAUAUAACAGAUGUAAGUGGCAUGGAAAUCCUAUAUUUGCACUGUAGCUUUUAGUAAUAUAUUCUCUAACACCAUCAGGAGGAGACCUACAUGCAAUUUAUAUUUCUUUUUUCCUUAACAGUGACCAUGGUCUGUACCACAUCACUAUAGUGACAGGGCAUUGAUGUACUCUUGUUUUUAUUCCUUACUCUUGCAUUGCAAGGCCCGCUUCUGUGCUGUCCUGUGCCCGCUCUGGUUUUACUGACAUCGCUGAAUUUGCAAUGGUUCAGCAUCAUUAUUCACAUUCAAUUUUACCUUGCCCUCAGAAUCAAGAGUAUAAUUUACAGCCUAACGUUUGGGACAGUGGGGAUGUCCACUGAGUAAAUUUAAGGCCUAAAAACAUUCAAAAUUGUAUACACUUACAUUUGUCUGCUUUGGGUAGACCUAAUGGGAAAUCUUUCCCUUGAAGAAGGAUUUAUGCAGCCUGUGCUGCAAGGCAUUUUCCUGCCGUUCCUCCGUAUCUGCUGGUAUCAACGUUUCCAGUCUCCAAGUGAGCCGCUCUCUUCGGGUUCUCCUGCCCAGCGCUGGGAAGUACUGUGAGGUUUCAGACCAGAAGCCUCUGACUUCUUUCAGAGUACCAAAGACCAGAAGUCAUCUCAAGUGUCCUGAGCUAUAGCUUCAGCUGUGACUUUCUGCCUCUUAAUACUAAAAUGUCUCCAAAGGUUAAGACCUCUAACAUGCAUUGCAUUAUAUAAUGUAAUUAAUGUCAAAGUUCAUAAGGGUUAUGUGGCAAAUAUUGUUUUAAUGUACAUCUCGCUUUGAAGGAAUAUGGAACGAGAGCUCUCAGUUGGGUGAAUAUUUGUAAACUAUAGAUACACAUAAUAACACACAAAUAGAAAAGAAUACCUAGAAUAAUUAAUAUUCUAAAAUAAAAAGAUAGUUCCUUGCUUUUUCUGAAAUAAACAGUAGUAGCUGAAGGUUAUUGAGAUGCAUCAGGCAAAUGAAAGAAGUCUCGGUGAGGCCAUUUUACAAGUCAUGCCAGUAAUACGUCCAAGACCUUUUUUUAAGGAAUUCAGGCUUAGAGUUUCCAUUGCUUGACAAUACAUUAAGAUGAUGUUUCUUUCAGAAGAUAAAGCUUACUCCUGUACAGAGCCAAGGCAGGUAUCGCUUACCUCAGUGUAAGAGGACAGAAAUGUGGUAUAGGUUUCACUUUGGCUGUCUGAACUCAAGUUAAACUCAUUUGCUUUAGAUUCUCCCUGAUCUCUUCUUCCAGGAAAGAAUGAGUAUCCCCAAAAAAGAAACGAGGUAUGAAUACUCGAUGACUUUUUUUCAGAAAUCUACCAAUUGAUACUAAGAUUGGAGCCAUCUGCUGAACUUGAAUGUCCUAGAAAUAGCUGAGAUUUUGACUGUUCUUGAUGGAGGAAACAGCAGCUAGUAGAAGUAUUACCACCCCACCACCCCAGCAAGAUGCACACUGUGAACUUCUUCUGGAGAAGAGGGUAGGGAGCUUCUCCUGGCUAUGGCAGAGCUUUUUCUGUGGGUGAGGAGGGAUGGAUUUUGAGUUGGGCCAGGUCAUGUCAUCUGAGAAACUUGCCUUACUUUUAUUUCUUUCUCAGAUCUCUCUCAUGUCAGUGAAACUGUGGUCAUCAGCACUAGGGUUUUUUUUAAAGUUAGUGAUUUCCAAAUUCUGGGAUCCUUUAAAGGGUUGAAUUUUGGAAGCAGAGACUUCUCAAAAAAAAGAGUAAAAUUUCUUCUGUGAGUUUUUAAAACCAUCUUUACUUGAAAUGCUUGUAUUAUGUUAACUAUUUUUUUAAAAAAUAGAUGUUACAAAUCUAAUAAUAAUUAGAUUUACAUCACGGUAAUAGGGCACGGGUAAGAUCUGUGUUUCGUGUUUCUCUCCUUAUCUAGUGGAAGGUGUCCCUGGUCAUUGCAGGGUGGUUGGACUAGAUGACCUUUAAAGGUCUCCUCCACCCCAAACCAUUCUAAGCAUUCUCUGAGAAGAGUGUUCAAGUUAGUUCUUUUAUGUAUGGAAUUGCCCAUAAAAUGCUGGAGAUUUCUGUGCACAUCAAUGGCAGCUUUGGGUUUUACAUGGAAAGGUAAAUAAAAUUAACAUACGUGCCGAGAAAAAAAUGGACUACAUAAAACUUCCAGGUCAGACUCUGGUGUUGUACAAGUGGCAGCUCUUUCGCUGAAAGCACAGUUGAUGAAGAGGGAAUGAGGGUCCCAGAGGAAGAUAUUUAUGGUGGCUCAGCAGUCGAGCUGACUGAAGUAAACCCCAGGUUUCCACCUCCGCAGUGCUAACCCAUGCGCCUUUAAAUCUGGCCCGCCCCGAGCCCCAGGGGCUCUGCAGCUCCUCCAGCUAGUGACUGUACCAAAAGGCAGGUGUCAGCACUGACUUCUGUGAAGACUCCUCUCAUUAAAUCGAAAUGAAAUAAUACGAACUAAAAGUCGUCGGGAGUGGUUCUCAGUUGUUGUCAGGUUAUACGGAGUGCCAGCAACGGUGCUGAUUUACAGUUUCUGAGGCUGUGGCUCACAGUUUGACCUGACCUGUUAGUUCCCUCCGCCUGAGCGGGAGCAAUCCGAGCAGAAAUCUCUCUGCCCACCAGGGGAACUUUGGAACAGCAAUAAAGCAGUUGGAUUCCAACUAACCUCAUUUUUUAUCCUUCAUUGCAUAUUCUCCUUGAUUAUUGCAGAGGUGAAGUUGCUUCCAAAGUCCCCUUAAAGUUGUCAUCGCUGAUCUGUCUUUGCCAGCAUAACUCAGCUCCAGUUCUGACAGUGGUGUAAGGUCCUCCAACUCCACAGUUCAGAGCUGGGUCUUGCAGUCCGCAAUCACGUAUAUGUACAAGCAAAACUCUCCAUACUUGUUCCGCAGCAAUCGUAUGCAUUCAGAUCUACGCAUGGAUCAGCUGCCAGGCUGAUCUUUCACAUUAACAUUUUUAUUUAACAAAACAAUCUUAAAUACAAUUUUUAUGCUGCUGCUUUUCUCUGUGUUGUAUAGAGAAGCAGAAAAGGCAAAUUCAGCCUGUCUGCAUUUUCAUCUCGGGUAACGGUAGGGUUAGGGUUUUUUCCAAAGCAGCUCAAGAGAUGAAGUCUUUAAAGUUCUGACCUCAGAAGACGAGCUGAUACCCUGGCAGGGGAGGGUUAUUCUGAGCAGGUUUUGCCUGUGUGCAUGCUUAUCUAGUCGGUCUUUCUUCUUAAGAAACCUUCUUUCUUCCAAGAGCCAAUGUACCUAAAAACACUUAAAACAUUAAGCAAAGCUAAGGUAAGAGGUGUGCUCUGCCUUCUCUGCAGAGGGGACAGGGGCUAUAAGUAAGGGCUAAUUACCAAAAACCUUUCCAGCUAGUUCCACUAGUAUUUGCACAGACUGGUAAUGCUAAAAUGACUCUGUAUGGUUUGGUCACAUUUAUUUGCAGGCUGUGAUAUAUAUAAAAACUGGUAGCCUGUUUUAAAUUGUUGGUGAUUUGUAGUAUCUCAGGACGGACUUUCCGGGCGCUCAGGACAGCAUUUACCGCUCUCCUUAACCUCCACCUCAGUUUCAUUUGACUAAUGGACAUUUCUAUUCCAUAGGCAGCAGUGACACCCCAUUGCUGGAGGUGUGGAUGUCACACCAAGCCCCGCAUCGCCUUCUGGCAAGCAGGGCAAACCAGUCCUUCCUUCAGCCUUGCAGGCAGCACUCUGGGCUGUGAGGGACCAUCCUGCGGGCUCAGCCCCUUCGCCAGGCGAGGAAUUGGGUUUCACAGUGAGGGAGGCCUCCUAAGCUAAAAAUGAAAAACUCUCCCAAGACUGAGAUAAAAGGGUGACUUGGAAAAAAAACCUAGAAAUCACAGUCCUUCAAAACAAAGCUCCUCUGUAACCCCAUAUAGAUUGGCAACAAAGUUCUGAUUUUCAUUUCAAUUUCUCCAGGAAGUAGUAGAGUAGUUUUGCAUUUACAUUAGUUUAAAGCUGUCUCUAGAUGGCUUCAGAGAAUAAAGAGAACACAUCAAUGUGCAAAUGCCCAUGCUUGAGGAAGGUACUAUAGCUCAUGGGCAACCUUCCAUCCUUGUGGGUAGGAUCUGGGCAGCAGCCCUCUGCCUGUCUUCCUUAAUUAGCUGAGAGAAGACCAGGCAGUGCCCCCGCACUCCUUGCUCACUGGCUGCCGAUGCGAUCUGGAGCAAAUCCCCGUACUAAAAGCACUUACAAAUGGAACGGAGGUGAUGGAAAUGUGGUUUGUUCACUGUGAAUAUCCAGCUGGGAUAGUUGGAAUAACUGCAAGGGAAGAAUUGCCUUUGCAAAUCAUGUGCCUGAUUUAUUGGUCAAACAGUUUUUUUAGUCCUCACUAUUUAGUCAACAAGGACAUUAAGAUGUCCAGAAAGAAAAAAGUGGAACGAUUGGUUCCCAGAACUAGUCUUAAUGGUCACAAAUCCAAUAUUUCAGACUUUUUGCUGAGGACGUAUAAAGUAGAGUCAGUCGGGCUUCAUUUAAAUAGAUGAACAUUUAUUGUAGAGUUAUACCUAAUUUCAUGCUUUCCUUUAUUGAUCACUAGAUCUUUUCCAUAUCACAUAAAAUUACGGUUACCUUAAAACUGAUCUGUAGAUAUGCAUGAAACAGCACCUAAUGUGGACAUGAAGUCUGAGCAUUCUCAAUGCAUAGGGCGAGUCUUGUGAAACCUUCUUUUUAGCAGCUGAAAGUCUUGAACCAUUCACUGAAAUAAGACAACUAUUCGAUUUCAACAAAAUUGAUUCUGCUGUCAAUAAAAUCACUGAUAAACACUUGAGUUGGAUUUGGGGCUUCUGAAUUAUAUAUAUAUAUAUAUAUAUAUAUGUAAAGCUACAUACACAAACUUUUUUUAGGACACAAAAAUGAAUGCUCCAGCUUAAAGUUUAUUCAUCUAAAUAGCUGGAGAGAAUAUCCACUUAACCACAUAGCCUAAACACAUUGAAGAAGGGGGGAAAAGGUGUUCAUUUUCAACUGUGUUUAUUUUUUCACCAGUAAAAACAGAAGAAAAAUAAUCAUAGUGCCUAUAAGAAAGAUUGUGUUUCAAGGAGUGUGCAAUGUGUACCACAAUUAUUUUAACUGCAAAUGGAAGCUGCUUUUAGACUGAGUGUGGUUGAAAGGAAAUAAUCUUACAAAAACUGUCACACAGCAUCCCAGGAAAUGUUUUGGUUUGGUACGUUUGGCCUCCAUUUUUGUGGAGCUGUACAUUCCUGUCCAUGGUUUUAAAGGAUAAAAAAAGAACUGAUUUCGGAA